AUGUCCAUGCCAAGAUGGGCUUCGUGGACACCGCGCACAGACACGGCCGCGGGCACAGAUGUCACUGAUACUGGGAGCGGCAUCGCAUCCUGGUUUCGAAGUGGUCUAUCUGCAUACGUGCCACUUCGGAGUGUAGAGCGCACAAAUGAAGAAGAAGCAUACAUCAGCUUGAGUCACUGGGACCGCUUUCUUGGAUUCAUCGCAUGUUUGGUCGGCAGUGCUCUCUGUUUCUUAUUCUCUUUCUUGUUUGUACAGCCACCCAUCCUUCUGGCACGACCCCACAAAUUCGCGCUUGCCUUUACGUUGGGGAGUCUUCUCUUUAUGAUAGGCUACAUGACGUCCAUGGCGCUCACGCUCUACUUCGCACUGGGUGCUCAAAAGCGAUUGCCGACGGUGCUAUUUGCGAUCAUGCAGAUCGGAUGCCUACUCACAUAUCUCGCCAAUUACUUCCCUGGAGGCGUUACGACGCUGCGAUACGCAGGCACACUCAUCGCAAGAGGAAGCACGAGCAUACUACCUAUAUAG